AUGGCCGUGCUCCUGGCCACCUCAGCUGGCGGCCAGAGAGGGAAGGGUCUGAGCCCCAAGGCCACAGACAACCAGAAAGCCACGGACAGCACCAAGGACAGCGGCGCGACCAGCACCACAGACAGCACCGCCACCGACAGCACCACAGACAGCACUACCGACCGCACCCCCACAAGCAGCAUGACCACAGAGCGCACGAGUUUGGGCAGAGAGCGCGCUGUGGGCAGUGCCACGGCCAAGGACGGUGCGAAUGCCACGGCCGGGAACGGUGCGAGCUCCACGGCCAAGGCCCCGCACGCAGAGGGCGUGAGUACACCGGCCACGGCCACAGCCACGGCCAGCGCCGGGGGCAGGAACGGUGGCGGUGGCGGUGGCCCAGCCAACUUUCCAGGGCAGCAGCGGCAAGAGUGGAGGAGGCGCGUUUACUUCCGAGAGGAAUUCGAAGACGGCGAUGGAUGGAAAAAACGAUGGGUUCAAUCUAAAUAUUGGUCAGACUAUGGUAAAUUCCAGCUGACAGCUGGAAAGUUCUAUGGAGACAAGGAGAAGGAUAAAGGUCUCCAAACAAGUGAGGAUGCUAAGUUUUAUGCAUUAUCAGCACGAUUCAAGCCCUUCAGCAAUGAAGGUCAAAGCUUGGUGGUGCAGUUUUCAGUCAAGCAUGAGCAGGGUAUUGAUUGUGGUGGGGGCUAUGUUAAGCUCUUUCCUGAGGAUCUGGACCAAGAGAACAUGCAUUCCAACUCAAGCUACUUCAUCAUGUUUGGCCCAGAUAUCUGUGGAAUGGGAAACAACAAGGUACAUGUUAUCCUUAAUUACAAAGGAAAAAACCAUGAAAAUAAUAAAACCAUCAAGUGCAGGAUCAAUAAGGACACUCACCUGUAUACUCUGAUUCUUCGGCCCGAUUCCACCUAUGGGGUCAAGAUAGAUAAUCAGCUGGUGGCGGCCGGGGCUUUAGAGGAUGACUGGGAUUUUCUACCCCCCAAAAGAAUCAAAGACCCAUAUGCGAGGAAACCUCGAAAGUGGGAUGAGCGACCCCAAAUUGAGGAUCCUGAUGACAAGAAACCAGAGGACUGGGAAGAUUUUGAAAAAAUCCCAGAUCCAGAUGCUAAGAAGCCUGAUGACUGGGAUGCGGCAAUGGAUGGCGAGUGGGAGCCACCUUUGAUCCCAAACCUAAAGUAUAAGGGUGAGUGGAAACCUCGAAUAAUUGACAACCCAAAUUACAAAGGUGAGUGGGUGCAUCCGGAAAUCGACAACCCGAAGUAUAAAGCAGACCCCAACAUUUACAGAUAUUACAACAUCAGUGUUCUGGGACUGGAUAUUUGGCAGGUAAAAUCUGGUUCUAUAUUUGACAAUUUCCUCCUGACAAAUGAUGAAGAAUUUGCAGAAAAAGUUGGAAAUCAGACCUGGGGAGUAAGAAAAGAACCAGAAAGGAUAUGGAGGGAAGCCUAUGAAGCAGAAGAAAAGAGAAAACAGCAGGAAGAGACCAAGAAAAAAAUGGAAGCCGAUGAUGAAGAAGAGAAGAAAUAUGCGGUGGAGGAAGAGGAGGAUGAGGAUGAGCAUGAGGACGCUGAUCAGCCUGAACUGGAAAAAGACAAAGAGCUGAAGGAAGAAAACAGGGAUAAAGGAGGGUAUGGGUCCACUGGUGAAGACAUAAAGGAUGAAUUGUAA